AAAAAAAAAAAUAGUCAAAAGAGCAAAAAAAAAAAGUUUCUUUUCUUUUCUCUCAACAGUAUCACACAGUCAAUGACCAUUCUUCUUCCUCCAUAGAAGCUCUCUCUCUCUCUGCUUUAAGCCUUUAACCAAAGAAAAAACCCUAAGAAGAAGAACCAGAUCCAUCCAUUAUCAUGAAGAAGAUAUUCAUCACACUCUUAUGGCUUCUCUUUAUAAGUUCCUUUCUCUGUUCUUCUUCUUCAGCUGAAGACGACGUUCUUUGUCUCCAAGGUUUGAAAAACUCACUCAUCGAUCCUUCUUCUAGACUCAGUUCCUGGUCUUUCCCAAACUCUUCAGCUUCUUCGAUUUGUAAGCUCACUGGUGUUUCCUGCUGGAACGAGAAAGAGAAUCGGAUUAUUUCUCUUCAGCUUCAAUCGAUGCAGCUCGCCGGUGAGAUUCCUGAGUCUCUUAAGCUUUGUCGUAGUUUACAAUCUCUGGAUCUCUCUGGAAACGAUCUCUCUGGUUCGAUUCCUUCUCAAAUCUGUUCUUGGCUUCCUUAUCUCGUUACGUUAGAUCUAUCUGGGAAUAAGCUUGGUGGUUCGAUUCCUACUCAGAUCGUUGAGUGUAAGUUCUUGAACGCUUUGAUUUUGAGUGAUAAUAAGCUUUCUGGUUCGAUUCCUUCUCAGUUGAGUCGAUUAGAUCGGCUUCGACGUCUUUCUCUUGCUGGUAAUGAUCUCUCCGGUACGAUUCCGUCUGAGCUGGCGCGGUUCGGAGGAGACGAUUUUAGCGGGAAUGACGGACUUUGCGGGAAGCCGUUAUCGAGAUGUGGAGCGUUGAAUGGGAGGAAUCUGAGUAUUAUUAUAGUUGCUGGAGUUAUUGGAGCUGUUGGAUCUUUGUGUGUUGGUUUAGUGAUAUUUUGGUGGUUCUUUAUUAGAGAAGGUAGUAGGAAGAAGAAAGGUUAUGGUGCUGGGAAGUCUAAGGAUGAUAGUGAUUGGAUUGGUUUGUUGAGGUCACAUAAGCUUGUUCAGGUGACUUUGUUUCAGAAACCUAUUGUGAAGAUUAAAUUGGGUGAUUUAAUGGCUGCUACGAAUAAUUUUAGUUCAGGGAAUAUGGAUGUUUCGUCGAGGACUGGGGUUUCGUAUAAAGCGGAUUUACCUGAUGGCUCUGCACUUGCGGUGAAGAGGCUUAGUGCUUGUGGUUUUGGUGAGAAACAGUUCAGGUCGGAGAUGAAUAGGUUAGGAGAGCUUAGACAUCCGAAUUUGGUGCCGCUUUUAGGUUAUUGUGUUGUGGAAGAUGAGAGACUGUUGGUGUAUAAGCAUAUGCCUAAUGGCACGUUGUUUUCUCAGUUGCACAAUGGUGGAUUGUGUGAUGCUGUUUUGGAUUGGCCAACUCGGCUUGCGAUAGGUGUGGGAGCUGCUAAAGGGUUAGCUUGGCUGCAUCAUGGAUGUCAACCACCGUAUUUGCAUCAGUUCAUUAGCUCCAAUGUUAUACUUCUUGAUGACGAUUUUGAUGCUCGGAUAACCGAUUACGGUUUGGCAAGGCUAGUUGGAUCUCGUGAUUCGAACGAUAGCUCGUUCAAUAAUGGGGAUUUGGGGGAGUUAGGUUAUGUGGCGCCUGAGUAUUCGAGCACCAUGGUUGCAUCUUUGAAAGGAGAUGUGUAUGGGUUUGGGAUUGUGCUUCUUGAAUUGGUUACAGGGCAAAAGCCUUUGUCUGUUAUUAACGGUGUGGAAGGGUUUAAAGGGAGUUUAGUUGACUGGGUGAGUCAGUAUUUGGGGACUGGUAGAAGCAAAGACGCUAUUGAUAGAAGCAUAUGUGAUAAAGGACACGAUGAGGAGAUAUUGCAGUUCUUGAAAAUCGCAUGUAGCUGUGUUGUGUCCAGGCCUAAAGAAAGGCCAACGAUGAUUCAGGUGUAUGAAUCUUUGAAGAGCAUGGCAGAUAAACACGGUGUUUCUGAGCAUUACGAUGAAUUUCCACUGGUCUUCAACAAACAAGAACUUUAAGUAUCUUACCAGAAAGUAGUCUUUUUGGCAGCUUAAGCGCUAAAAAGGUAUGAGAAAUCUACUUUGUAUCAAAAACUUUUUUUCUUUCUUUAUAUCUCAUUCUUUGUUCCUUCCCCCCACUGUUGUUAGUUUUUAACCGUGUCGGUGCUCGUGUUUGUCUUGUAUCUUCCUACCGUAUAAUUCUGUACAUUGUUUGGCUCAUCAAUGUACUCUUUGGAAUGUAACCUCUUCUGAUGAAAUGAGAAGAUUUCUGUCUUAUUUCAUAA